AAAGAAUAUAUCACCUACUUGUUCUUUAUCCAUUACUCACACAAACCACCAUUUUUGCACCACCAAUCUCUGAAUGUCUAUUGGGAAUACAGAUGAGACAGUGGCCACUGAUGCUAUCGUCCCCGAUUCCAUCACCGCCACCGCCCUACCAGCUAAUGGUGACGGUCUUGUGUCUCGUAAACCCACCGCCCGAGUGCAAGUGGUAAAGCCCCUAGAAGUCAGCACAGACACCGCCCAGAAACAUCCUCCCAACAGCUUGAGGAACACAGGGAUUGUUUCAGUGUUCUUCUGGCUUGUGGACGAGCUCCGGCGGUUUAUCGGGGGUGGUUCUUCGUCCGCUGCCAAUGACAGCAAAAGUACAGGUAGCACAUCCACCAUCAAUUUAUUUAUCACUUAUUUCAACCACGCCAUCCUAUUGAUCAUUUUCUUCAUCAUCUCCAUCUACAAAAACUACUUGUAUGUCCGCCGGAGAAUCCACUUGAAGUUCUUGAACCUCACCUAUUUCCCCAAUAAAUCACCACACAUCAUCCGAGAUGACGUGAACAAGCUUUCGAGAAUCCCUAAGCGUGUAAGCUGCAUUGUCAAUUUCAAGGACGAAGAGGAGGAGAACGGAGGGAUUGACGGUCUCAUCAACGACAUUAGUGAGUUGACCGCUUGGAGUGUCAGUGCCGGGAUCCAAGAGUUGAGCAUUUACGAGUACAACGGGGUUAUCAACGACUACUACUUGGAGUUAAAUCGCUACAUCAACAAGAAUCUCAAGAAUUACUUCGGCACCGAGUACGUGCCUAACAUUAGCAUAAAAUCCCCUCACUCCAGUAAGGUUCUCGUCAACAAGCCCGAAAAGCCGAUCGAUUUGUACGUCAACCUUUUGAGCAAAGUUGAUGGUAAACCCACCAUUGUGGAACUCACUAAAACCAUUAGCGAAUUGGCAAUUAAUAGAGAAUUGUCGGUCAAAGACAUCACCAUCGACUUGAUCAAUGACGAGUUGGUCGAAUUGGUGGGCCUGGAGCCCGACUUGAUGAUUAUCUUCAAUCCAAACUUGGACCUCCAAGACUAUCCACCAUGGCACAUUCGUCUCACCGAACUCUAUUGGGAACCCGAUAAUAAGGAUAUCACCUAUGCAGUAUUCAUCAGGGCGUUACAGAACUACGCCAAGGCCAAGGUUAAUGUUGGAAAGUGAUUUAUAGUGAGUAGUGUAAUGAGAUCAUCAGUUGCAACCAUUUAUAUAUAAAAUACGCGUAU